CCACCCAUAAUCUUCAGUGGAGGUUUCAGCUUCCCGAAAAACAACACGCACAGUUAAAGGUCUGCGAGAUCAAAUUUAAAAAAGACGAACGAUGCAUGGUCGAUACAGGGUUGUUUUGCUUGUUUUGGCCGUGUUGGCAACAAGUUUGGAAACCGGGCAGGGCUGGAGACGCCGGCGGCGAAGGAGGGCCCCUCCGCCGCCGCCGCUCCCGCAGAACUGCGCGGUAACGGACUGGAGCCCGUGGGGAGCGUGCUCGGCGAGUUGCGGCGGCGGCACGCACGCCCGCUCCCGUACCGUGAUCGUCCCGGCAGCGCACGGAGGGACCCCGUGUCCUGCGCUGCAGGAUACACAGCCGUGUAACACUGUGACGUGUCCGGUAGACUGUCUGGUGGGGAAGUUCGGGGACUGGUCGGUCUGUGAUCCAUGCUUACACACACAGUCCCGGUACUCUCCGCUAGUCCGCCCGUCGCAGUUCGGCGGGUCUCCCUGUACGAAGCCGAUGGUGGAAACCCGAGGCUGCAGCUCCAACAGAACCUGCCCUCUGACCUCGGGAUGCACCUCGGGACAGUUUAAAUGUGUUACGACAGGUCGCUGUGUUCCCGCCAGUUUCCGGUGUAACGGUGAUGACGAUUGCGGGGACCAGUCGGACGAACAGAAGUGCCCGGAUGUACAGAACCUGUGCGAGGGGAAGACUGUGGAGGGCCCCGGCCCAGGCCUCAUCCCUAACAUCGAUAUCGCCGGGAGUGGGUACAACGUUCUGACUGAGGAGAUAAGCGGGAGGGUCUUGGACAACUCCAAAUAUGGCGGCCAGUGUAAGACUGUUUACAGCGGAGACCACGGGAAAAUCUUCCGCCUGCCGCAUAACACCCAGUUCUACGGGUUCCAGGUUGUAGCGGACACGUCUUUCCGUGCGGAACAGUUCAGCAGCUCUAAACAGUUCUACCAGGACACCACGGCAAACCGACAGAGGGACAUCAGUGCAAGCGCAUCCGCGUCCUUCAAGGUGUUCUCUGCCAGCGGUGAGGUCGCCAGCAGCCAGUCCCAUGGCAACCGUGACGUCAUCAGGUCCAGCCAGACGUCAGACUCCGCCCUCUUCACGGUGUCGAACCAGGUCGAGCUUGCGCAGUUCAAGAUGAACGGAGACAGCAACUUUAUCCUGACCGACAGCUUUUAUAGAGCCCUAGUGGAGUUGCCGGUGGUCUACAGCUAUGCGGAGUACAGGAAGUUGAUCAUAGACUUCGGGACGCACUACGUGUCCGCGGGCCGGCUGGGCGGACAGUACCGGUACGCGUACAGGUACAACCGCCGUAACCUCACCGAGUCUGGUCUGAGUGACGAGCAGCAGAAGUCGUGUCUCAGUGUGGAAGCCAAGGCGUCCUUCCUGGGUAUCAGCGUCGGCGGCGGCUACAAGAACUGCCAGGACAACCGCCUGUCUCAGCAGACCGCAGGUAGUUUCACCCUGGCCGCCCGUGACAGCGUGUCGUUUGUGAAGGGCGGGACGUCGGAAACGGCCGGAAACCUGGCCUACGCCAACCGACCAAUGACGGACAAGUACCAAGCCUGGCUGGAUGAUAUCAAGAACAACCCCGCAGUUAUCUCUGUUGAGCUGCUUCCAUUGUCGGAACUGGUCGCCGGCGUGUCCCUGGCAGCCGCGAAGAAGCGCCACCUAGAGCGCGCCCUGGUGCAGUACCUGGACGAGUUCCACCCGUGCAAGUGCGCCCCCUGCCGGAACAACGGCAGGGCAGUUCUGAUCGGGACGGCCUGCGAGUGCGUCUGCGCGGAGGGGACGUAUGGCGCGUCCUGCGAGAAAGUGGCUGAUCCAAGACUGGCGGUAAAAGAUGUCGAUGGAAACUGGGGGUGCUGGGCAGGCUGGUCGACGUGCUCGCUUCGGUGUGGCGGCGGGACCAGCAAGAGGGCACGGGCCUGCGACAACCCGCUCACCUCCGGCGGGGGCCAGUUCUGCACGGGGGACAACCUGGACGCCCAAACCUGCAACGUCUUCGCCUGUGACGGACCUGGCACCACGCUGAUCCCGGGCCCUCCCCCCACCCCGGCACCGCGGACCGGAGCCGGCAAGCUCCCCGCGGCUCAGGUCGCGACUGUGUCCGUGCUGGCCGUCGUCGCCUGCCUGGCCCUGGUCGGCGCCGCGCUGGCCUUCCGAUCCGGGCGGAAGAGACGAGGCCCUCGCCAUGAUCCGAGCGAGACGGAGCCAAUUACUAGCGCGAACACCUAGUCUUUUUCCAGCAACCUGGGAAGC